UAUAGUUUUUUAUUAAUUUAUUUAUUUUAAAAUAACCGGCAAAUAUUCAGUCUGUUUGUUCAGUGGUUCGGACCAGAAGUGUAAAAAUAAGUGUCGAUUUCGAUAUAACCUGUUCCAUAAUUCUUGGAACUGUGCAUGUCUACUGAGACAAGACCUUGAUAACUAGUUGCUUGGUCAAGUGAAGACAGUUAUUAUAGGAUCAUGCUUAAGGAGAGAGCGUGUUAAACAUAAUACAUAACGAUGACGGUGGGCCUGCCAACGUGAAUAUAAGUGAUGUCAUUGAGGCGAUCACGCGCGCGGACCCCGUGUUUGGCGCGGACGUAGACGCGAUGUCGCGGCCGCCCGCCGCGCUCGGCGCGCACCCCUGCGUGCGCAUCGUGGAGCAGCCGGCCAGCAAGGCGCUCAGGUUUCGCUACGAGUGCGAGGGCCGAUCGGCCGGCUCGAUCCCCGGCGUGAACAGCACGCCCGAGAGGAAGACCUACCCGACCAUAGAGAUAUGCGGCCACCGGGGGCCCGCGGUAGUCGUGGUGUCGUGCGUCACCAGGGAGGAGCCUUUCAAGCCGCACCCGCACAACCUGGUGGGGCGCGAGCGGUGCGACAAGGGCGUGUGCACGGUGCGCACGAGCGUGGGCGACGACAGCCGCGUGUCGUUCAGCAACCUCGGCAUUCAGUGCGUCAAGCGGAAGGACAUCGCCGACGCGCUCAAGACGCGCGAGCAGCUGCGCGUCGACCCCUUCAAGACUGGCUUCGGGCACCGCAACCAGCCGCAGAGCAUCGACCUGAACGCGGUCCGGCUCUGCUUCCAGGUGUUCAUACAGGACGAGAGGACCGGCAAGGUCCGCCACUCGCUGCCGCCGGUCGUGUCGGACAUCAUAUACGACAAGAAGGCGAUGAGCGACCUGGUCAUCAUGCGCAUGAGCCAGUGCUCCGCUACGCCGCGGGGCGGCACCGAGAUCUUCCUGCUGUGUGAGAAGGUGGUCCGCGAGGACAUAGCGGUGGUGUUCUUCCAGAAGGAAGGCGACGCCGUGGUGUGGGAGGAGAGCGCGAACAUUGUGCUGGUGCACAAGCAGGUCGCCAUCGCCUUCCACGCGCCGCCCUACCAGAACCCGCACGCAACGCACAACGUGCAGGUGUACAUCCAGCUGAAGCGCACGUCGGACAACGCGCGCAGCAACGCGGUGCCGUUCGAGUACAUACCGGACUACCAAGAUUCGGGGUACUUAAAGCAUAAGCGACAGAAAAUCCUGUCCUCGCUCAUGCAAUAUGACGAAAGGAACUAUGUGGAUCCGCAGAUCAAAUCAGAACCAAGAGAUAAAACCCCUCCGCACGCGAUGGGCAGUCCGCGACGAGUGGCCAGUGUCUACAACGAGCAUGAACCAGUGCAAGAUAACACUUAUCAGCAAUGGAACAUGCAAAACGUGCCUUUAGCGGGACCUAGCCACAUACAGCCGUACCAAGAUGUGCAGUGGGGGCAGAACUAUACGCAGUUAUCUCCGAGCGUCCCAACGAUGUCUCCCAACGAGGCAUCCAUGUCCCCAAAUAUGCAGAUGUCCCCGAUGGGCCCAACGUCUCCGAUAAUGCGAGCCUCGCCUAUGGCCCAAGUCAUGUCUCCAAUCUCGCCCAUGCACGGUGCUAUAUCGCCGAAUAUGCACCAGAUGACGACUCUAGGCCACGUGUCGCCGAAUCUGGGGCACAUGGGGCACAAUAUGAUCCCACAACAGGUGCAGAAUCAGCAAAUGCCCCAACAAGAUCUGAUGGAGACAGUAAGCGACAGCCCCUCAAUCACCAGCCUGCUCAUGGACCGGGAGGACAUCCAGCUGUUAUCGGCAGACCUUUCAGGGCUGGUUUCCCUCCUGCCCGCUCAGAACAGAGGUCCGGACCUCAGCGAUAGCCUCAACAGGCUAUCGACAAGCGAGCUGUAUCCGUCAUAGUGAAAUUGUAAAUACAGUGACUGAAAAUGUGGUAUAGUGACAACCUUCAAUCUAUGUGUUAGUGAAUUGCAAAGUGAAUAUGCAGAGUAGACUCAGUGGCUGAGAUGUAAACAAAGACGUCAAUGAGACUCCUUAUAGAGUUACAGAGAUGAAGGAUAAUUUGUGAAGUUACAGUAAACUGUUGCAUGAUGUUUUAGUUUUGGUAAGAAUAAACUUUUUAGAGAUUUUUACAUAAUAUUGUGGAUAUAGUGUUUAGUUAGAAUUAAGAUUUGACAAUAUAUCUUUGGUUUUAAAGAUAAUAAAGGGCUCCUAAACAGAUUCAAGGAUCUUUAAUGCUU